CACCGCAUAUCUCAGUGAUAUUUAAGAAUUCGUUGCAAUAACAACUAUUUGAAAAUGAGAGUAUUUAUAAUUCUAUCAUUGGUGGUGUUGGCGGUUGCUGACAUCCAGUACUACACUACAGCUGAUGACAAUAUCGAUAUCGAAACGCUGAUGAAGAACUCAGAGCUGGUCAAAUGGCAUAUGGACUGUUUCGUCGAUCGCAGACCGUGCGAACCCUUCAGUCAAUCAUAUAAGGACAACAUGGUAGAAGGUAUCGCUACUGCCUGCCUGAGGUGUACCCCAGCCCAAAAGGGUAAAUGGAAAACGUUCUUAGUGGCACUCAAGCGUGAUUAUCCCUCGGAAUAUGAAGCUUUCCAGAAGAAAUAUGACCCUGGUCAUAUUUAUAUGGACGCAUUUGAAACUGCAGUAGCAAAUUACUAGAACUGGUACUAUACGACGCCUAGAGUAGAUUAUUAUAGAGUGUAUCGAUAAACCAGUUGCGUCAUCACUAUCUUAGCCUUAAAUAUCUUUUUUCAAGGGAACACAUAUUACAUAUAUAAACAUUAUAGUAAGUUGAGGGUAAUUUAAUUGUUGUGCGCGGCCACACGAUGCGGUAGAGGUGCGGUGCCUCAACGUCAUUCUACAUACAAAUUACUAUACCACGUCACACAACGCGAUGCAAGCGCGCCGAUCUAGUGACCUGCGAGACGAAGCGGGGAGAGGUCAAAUAUAUUGCCAUACUGCAACUGCCGUGUGGGCGUAGGUGGUAUAUUUUAUUUCCUAUAGCUCGAAAUAAUAAUCGAAUUUAAUGACGUGGAAUAACUGAUACCAUGACGAUCAUAUUAUGUUCCAAAAUAAACGUAUUUUAUUUUAUUUUUAUUUAAUUAAAAAACUGUUACCGCAUCGUGUGACCGCGCUCUACCUAUGUACAUGAAUAAACGUAUAAAUUAAAAAUGAAUUAAAUAAAGAGUCGGUUUCCAAGGUUUGCCUAA